UCAUGUCAGAAUGGGUCAUCUGUACCUUCCUGGGUCUAUAGUGGACGUGAAGGUCAAGUACCUGGUUUGUCUGUAAAUAAUAUGUCAAACUGCGUGAGAUUAUUCUUUUGUAACUACUCAUUGAUGCGUGGACCAAGAAAAGACAUUUCACAGUGUCCCUGUUGAAAUGUCCACUGCUUACACACGCAAAUGCAUGUGUGUAAUUUCAGCAUAUUUACUUUUCUUGUUAAGACAAACUUUCUUUUAAUGUCAUCCAUUAGGCUGAAAUUAGUGAGGUGAUACUCUGUAGAUUUAUAAUUGUUGGACCAGACUUGGUAGAAAUGCAGUGGUUCGCAAUGACAGAAAGCCCUUUUAACUUCAGCACCAUUUAUGUGCUGCAAAUUCUGUUAAAAGACAAUUCUGUUAAUCAAUAAGUGCCUCCCUGAGGUUAAAGUUCAUGUGCAGAAACUGAAUUAAAUGAAUUGCUAGUUUGAAGAUUGUUACAAAUUUGGCUCGGGUCUGAAAACCAAAUCUUUUAUAAAGCGAACUUUGCACCUACAAUCCUCCUCUUCUGCUCGGCUAUUAUUUUCUAACAAUGUAGUGUUGUUCUGCCCGUUUGGCAUCCUGCGCUAAACGACCAUCUUGAUGUGGCACAUAGAAAUUCAUUAACACACUAGAAGGAAAAAAAACAUCAUAAUAUCCUCUUUUUUUUUUCAGUCGGUCUUUCCAAAAAAGUGCCCCUAUUUCACAAACCAGUGUUGCUGUUUCCUCUUCAGGUUUACACAAGCACCUUUCAGCUGGUUGCACAUUUACUGUCAGUCUGUGUCUGGAUCAUGACUAAUAUGAGUUCAGUAAAGUAAUGCAGAAAGAAAAGUCCCAGCCGGGGCUCUGAGUAUCUUCUGCUAAUGCAGGGAGGCGUCUUAUCGCUGCCGUGCACGUUCAGAACCCGCCUGGCGCACUGAAGGGCGUAUGCACGCUGCCGCUCUUCUGUUGCGACGAUUAGCCAACCGACACAGACCCUGGACGGCCCAACGUGUAAUGUAAAUCCACGUAGGUGUGUCCUUUUCAUUAUAUUUUGUUUAGCGGAUCCUAACCUAUGUGACUCAUUUAUACACAGACCGUGCUCGUGUUUAACACGAGUACCGUAGAAACCCGGUGGUAAAUGUUAAUUUGCAAGUAAAUUAUGAACAAAGGCAACAUAUUCUGUUGCAAACCUGACAAUGAUCUAAUCUGUUUAAGUUGCAUCCAAAUGUGAACACACUUGAUUCUUUAAUCUCCCUGUUUUUGGUUCACUUUCCAUUACCGCGCUCUUGUUUAUUGACUUUGAAUGAUUUGUAAAUUGUUUGGAAAAAGUUUGAUUUGGACAAACAGAUACUUGGAUAUUACAGACUUUCCUUCAAUGUAUCCACUUUGUCACAAAUUGUUUUUACAGCCCCAAAAGUUCAAUACUUUUAUCAGUAUUAGAGCGUUAAAAGUCUGGUAAUGAUACAUACAGGUCAGGCCAAUAGUCAUUUUGUGGCUGUGAAGUGGACAUCAUUGGGCCUCAUUCACCAGAUGUUCUUAAGAACAAACGUGUGCUUAAGUGCCACAAAGAUUCUGGCAUUCCCAUGUUUUCUUAUUUGGGAUUUGUUCUUCGGUUAGAGCUAAUUUACGCCCACCCAAGAGCACUCGUACACACAAUUGAGACCUGACAUGUUUUUAUUACUUUACACAUAAUGAAAUAUGUUUGUUUUAAUAAAUACACGCUACACUUGCACUUCUGCUCAUUUGUUUCCUGCGCUUUGAAUGGCCAUGUUGUAUGCUGUGUGUUAGGCCUGUAUUCAGUAACUAGCCUUGCCUUCCAUUCACAUCCAUUAUGUUAGCGAGGAACCUUGCCAUUCACAAUUAAGUUUUUCUUUUUCUUUUGGAGUCGAGGCCUCCACCGUCUCUCCCACGUCUUUUUGGACAUUUCUCUGAGUGUGCACGCGGCCAUGCCGUCUAGUGCCCUUUUAUGGGAAUAAACGGGGCGUUAACCUUUGCUAAAUAGGAGCAAUGUGGGACGAGCUUUCAAUUUACGACAUAUCGGGAUUCAUCAUUCUAAGACUGCACCUGCGAACAAUUCCGCUGUUUAGGAACACGUCACGAAUCACACGUAAACUUUCUGAAGAACAAAUGUAAUGUAAGAAAUAACCUGUGAAGAUAUUGGUAAAUGAGGCCCGCCAUUUUCUGGUGUUCAGUGUCAAUGCAAGAACAAACAUGCCACUGUUUUACAUCCUUUCCCAGACCAACAGAUUUCCCACAAGUUUACACCUUACUGCAAUUUACGUACAUGUUCAUACACAUAUGAGUAUUCGGCUUUUGCUUCGUGUAGACGUACCUGUGCCUUUGGUCUUACUGGGAUGAGAUGUAUUCAUAUAGUUACCACAGCCUGGUCCUGUGAAUCAGUUUGAACUGCCUGUGGCUUUCUACUCGCCCACAAUCAUUUCCCCUUCAGACUAUCUUGAGAGCAAACUGAUAAUGUAAGCAGUUAAACAAUGGGACUUGUGGUGAAUUUAUUCAGUCAUAUAAACCGUACUACCAAGUUCAUUGUGCCCCAUCUACCAAAAUCUUUAUCAAACGGAAAUGAAAUAGAUAUUUUAUUGUUUGGCCAAAGGACGGAAACCUGCUGAAGAAGAUAGACGUAGCCGAUCUCUUGAGGCAGCUCCAUCUCUUUGCAGAUAAAAACAUGUUUUGUGGUGUCCAGAUAUCUUUGCACGGUUGAGUCAAACAAAGAGCUGCCAAAACCUCCCACACCAACCUCAGGGGGAAGACACACAUCACUCAGUCAGGACCUCAGUGCUGCCAAGUGCACUUCACGUCAGAACAACGUGUCGGCACGAGGGGGAACAAACCGACGAGGAUGCAGAGCCUGCAGCCAGAGCCCAAUGCACAGUACAGGAGUGUGUACCAGGCGCUGAAAAGGAUCAUCCAGACGGAGGGGAUGCUCAGACCGCUCAGGGGCCUCAACAUCACCAUGAUUGGAGCGGGACCCGCACACGCGCUCUACUUUGCCUGCUACGAACGGGUCAAACAUUCGCUGAGCGACGUCAUUCAGAGUGGCGGCAACAGCCAUUUAGCCAAUGGUGUGGCGGGUAGUGUGGCCACCGUUCUCCACGAUGCAAUCAUGAACCCAGCUGAAGUGGUAAAGCAGAGGAUGCAAAUGUACAACUCCCCGUACCGAGGGCUUUGGGACUGUCUCCAAACAGUAACCCGCAACGAGGGUUUUGGCGCCUUCUACCGCAGCUACAGCACGCAGCUGACCAUGAAUAUCCCCUUCCAGGCCGUUCACUUCAUCACCUACGAGCUGAUGCAGGAACAGCUGAAUCCUCACAGACUUUACCACCCCGGCAGCCACAUUGUGUCGGGAGCGGCGGCGGGCGCCCUCUCCGCCGCCGUAACGACUCCCCUCGACGUCUGCAAAACUCUGCUCAACACGCAGGAGAACGUGGUGCUCAGCUCCGUGAACGUCAGCGGCCACUUGUCGGGAAUGGCCAACGCCUUCAGGACGGUGUACCGGCUCGGCGGCCUGGCGGCCUUUUUCAAAGGGGCCCAGGCUCGGGUCAUAUACCAGAUGCCCUCCACCGCCAUCGCCUGGUCCGUGUACGAGUUCUUCAAGUACUUCCUGACUAAGCAGCGGCAUGAACAGCAGGCGGCACCCGGGCCGAGGUAGUGGAGAGUGGCUUUUGGAGCAAAACCGCGGAGGUGAUUCCAAACCGGAGCGUCGGGAUCUCGCUCUGUGACGUUUGAGGAAACGCGUCCGUCGUCGUCGUCUCGCAGGGAAGUCGUGGCGGUGAAGGAGGGGCUGUCCCUAUUGUUCACUCACCUAAAUCUGUGUGUGUUCACGUUAAGAUGUUGCGCAACCAGGAUUACGCAACAGAGGUUGCAAUGCGUCAAAGGACAGUCACACAAGGAAGAGCCGGUCAUCUUCCUCCUUCACCCUACAAACACUUUAUUUUUAAACGUUGAGGCCGUGGAAUGAAGUUGUCACGAAGGACGUGUAUAUAUCUUGUGUGUUGGAGCUUUUUAUUUAUUUUGUUAUGCGUCAGGGGCUUCAAUUUAUUUUUUAUUUUUUAUGGACUUGGUGGAAACACAAUGCCGUUUGUUUGUUUCUUUUUGUAUUUACAGAAGAGAACACACACAUUCAACAAAUUCCUCAUUUUUACUCCACAACAGCUGCGCUUUCCAAGUGCCUCAUAAACAUUAAACACCACUUCACCAUGUUUGCCUGCUGCUUUUUGGAGUAGGAAAUCCAAUUUCCAUGUUUACUUUUUCUAGCAAAGAGGUGUAGCAGAAGUGCUUUAUUCUGAAAUAAGAUGACAUGUUAUAGGGGGUCUUUAUGCCAUAACUUUCUUAACUGAGUUUGGUAUUGUCUAUGCACCACACUGUCAAAUGCCAGUAAUCUGCACUCCUAUUUUUGUUUUAUAUCAGUUUUCUUUAAAUGCAAAGUACACUUUUCCUACUUAGAGACCCUCCUUCUCUCACCGUAUCAAGGUCUAUAGGUGGUGAUAGUCCAGCUAUUUGCAUUGUUAAAGUCGAACAAGGCUGUUACUUGGGACGUUUUCUGUGUCCCAACCAUGCAUUUGUACUGGUUUCUGUGUCAUAAUGACCUUGAACCUAAAGGUUGUUGAUUAUAUAUUAAAUAUGUUUGCAGUAGGAGUGAACAUUUGAAUGCAAACUCUGUGAUCCAAAAUGUGUCCAUUGCAACUUUUCUUUUAUUUUGAAACUGGGGGGCCACUUUGUUACCAUGAGACCAGUUAUUCCUUUUAUUGUCACUCAUCCUGUUGUAGUUUCACAUUUCCUGUGUGCUCUUUGCUCUCUCCAACCUCUUGAAUAUUUUCCAUUCAGUAGUCAAGAAAUUCCUCCAGAAACUGAUGUUAUCCAGCGAGCAGUUAGAUUUAUUUGUUUUUAAUCAUGGAGUUUUUUUCCCUCCCUUUGGUAAAGUUCAGAGAGUUGGUCAGAUUCCCGUGGUCUCACAAACCCUCAGAUUCUUGUUGCUUGUAGAGUGUCACUAUACCAAAGACAUGCGCUGUAUUCUAUGCAUCUUCCUUUUAACUGAAGUGUCAUGCCAUCCAUUGCCGCGUUGUUUCCAACCAAAAUAAUCUUCGCUUAAAUUCUAAAUCCUCUAGACGCUUGAAGUCGGAAAAGUAUUUUAUGCCUCAGCGUUUCCAUUUCCCCCCUUUGAAAUAUUUUAUGGACGUCUUCAGUACUACAGGAAAAGGAAAACUGGUAUGAUGUUUGGAAAGGUAUUUGGAAAGAUUACAUGAUGAUCUGUAUUUAGUUUUUAAAAAUGUUUUGCUUCCAACUAUUUGGAAGCAAGAAACUGUUUCAACGUCAGUUGCACGAGUUGCUUUGGGCCUUACAUGAAUGGACGGGCUGUUUUCUCAGCUUGAAUAUAAAAGUGUCUCAAUUAGCAGAGAUUCACCGUGUUAUUUUAAGUUUUCUCAGUUUGCUGCCUGCAUUGUUUUUGUUUUGGUUCAGUUGAGUCUACUGACAAAACUCAAGCAAGUUAUAUUUGUUUUGCAUUAUAAUCAUUGCUUUUCCUUCCUCUUUUAUUUUUUUUUUAAAGUUGAUUCAUGGUAGUGAAUUCAGAUUUCCAAACUGUUUUACAAUACUUUUGUCCUGUUCUUAUAAAGUGUCAAAUUGUUUCUAAUAGAUUGUUUUUUCACGUUUUAAAGCUGACAGGAGAGCUGAUAUUCUAUGAGGGUUUCCAUCGUGUAAAUAGUUUUAAUACGCACAAAUCAUUUUCAAGGAAGCUGGGAUGUUUUUUGUUUUGAAAGAUUGAGAAGAUGAUCAUGCAAAUAUGAAAUGAUUGUGAUAAUGCUGCUGCAUUAUGUAACACUGGAGCUGAAAUAAACAUGCAAGUGAGGAAUGCAGCGUUUUUGUGCUUUCUGCCUCUGAACCGAA